CCAAUUAUAUUAACUAGUCCUUUUUAAUGGACAAACUUGGGCUCAUUCCCUUUUUGUACGCCCAUUUCCUCAUUUUAAUUUCCUUCCAAUAUCUGGUGCAUGCUGCCCCAAUUACAUCAUGUGACCAAACCCCACAUCCUCAAGUUUGCGCCCAUUUCAUGGGACCUGAUCAACUUGUUGCAACCCUCGAUCAGGACCGGUCCCAUAUUUCGUUUCAUGAACGAGCCAUUAGGGUCACCUUGAACCAAGCCGUACGGGCUCACCAACUUGUGUCUGGUAUCGACUUGAGUUCAUUCCACGACCGAGCCAAGUUGGCUUGGUCUGAUUGUCUCGAGCUUUAUGCGGACUCCCUUGACCUUCUUAACCAAUCCAUGACCUCCACCAACCCGGUAGAUUCCCAAACAUGGCUCAGCGCCGCAAUUUCCAACCAUGAAACUUGCAAGAACGGAUUUCUUGAUUUUAACUCGGGUUAUCUUCUAGAAAACCUCCCUGUCGUCAUGUUGACCAACUUUUCAAAAUUGAUUAGCAACUCACUCGCCAUAAACAAGGACAGAGUGGAGUCCUAUUAUUCCUCUGCUGCGCUGCGUUUCGCCAAACAAACUCGAGGUAGACGUUUGCUUGCCGAUCAUCAGAAUGGAUUAUUCCCAUCAUGGGUAUCGGCUGCUGAUCGGAAGUUACUGCAGAAAUCAACUGGGGCAAUUAGAGCCGACGUCGUUGUGGCUCAAGAUGGCUCUGGGGAUUACCAGAGCGUAUCGGCGGCUGUAGCGGCAUCGUCCAAGAGAAGAGGCGGGUCGGGUCGGUUCGUGAUAUACGUGAAAGGUGGUGUUUAUAAUGAAAAUGUUGAAGUUAAGAGAUCGAUGAAGAACAUAAUGGUUAUCGGAGAUGGGAUGGAUGUCACCGUUAUUAGAGGAGGUAAAAGCGUUGCGGGUGGCGCCACGACCUUCCGGUCUGCAACUUUUGCUGUUAUGGGUAGUGGGUUUAUCGCGCGUGAUCUCACGAUCGAGAACACGGCCGGACCUUCAAAGCACCAGGCGGUGGCUCUACGCUCCGGCUCCGAUUUCUCCGUCUUCUACAGCUGCGGCAUCAAGGGUUACCAGGAUACCUUAUAUGUGUACGCUCAGCGCCAAUUCUACCGCAACUGUAACAUCCAAGGAACCAUCGAUUUCAUCUUCGGCGACGCCGCCGCCGUUUUCCAAAGCUGCAACAUCUACGUGCGAAAACCCAUGAGCGGCCAAUGGACCACCGUCACCGCCCAGGGAAGAUCCGACCCGAAUGAAAACACCGGAAUAAUUAUCCACAACUCGCACGUCGGCGGAGCAGGUGGGUUCAAGGUAUACUUAGGUCGGCCAUGGAAGCAGUACUCAAGGACUGUGUUCAUGAAAACCGGACUGGACGGGAUCGUGAGCCCGGCUGGUUGGUUGGCUUGGAGCGGUGGUUUUGCUUUAAAGACUCUUUACUACGGUGAGUACAUGAACACCGGCGCCGGUGCAAGCACAGGUGGUAGAGUGAAUUGGCCGGGAUUUCAUGUUAUAACGAGUCCGGCAGAAGCGGGAAAGUUCACGGUGGGGAACUUUUUGGGCGGAAACUCAUGGAUUCCGUCGACGGGGGUGCCGUUCGACUCUGGUUUAUGAGACUGUUGGAGAUAGAUUUUACGUGGUGAAAUGUAGAUAAGAUUGUGAUUUGUGUUGGGUAUUAUUAUGUUGUUUGUGUAGUGAUCGUUUUCAAGUAGAGAAUGGUUUGGGGGUGAAUUAGCUGAUAUUGAUUUGUCAAAUAUUAGAAGAAAUAAAUUGUGAAACUAAAUAGGUGACCGUGCAUUUAUCAAGCCAACUUGUAUUUGUAACAGCGGUUAUUAAUAAAAACACCCUUUUCUUUA